GACCCAGUUGAAGGUCGGAACCGGUCCGUUGCUCUUCAGGUUCCGGGUGGUAAAACUUUGUGUCGAAAUCUCUCUGGACAAAAACUUGGGGUAAAAUUAAAUUUAAAAAAAAGAAAGAAAGAAGCAGGUGGCCCGCGUCUAAGAUGUGAGGCGAUGGACCGGGAAGACGGUUUGAAAAGGGUGGAAGGAUCACAGACACAAGAUUUCUUGGAAAUUUCCCCAACAGUGAGUGACACUUCUCCAGAUGGUGUCACUCAGGAAGCCAAUGACGCACAGAUGGAAGAGAUGCUCGUAAUCUCUAGUGAGGGUUCUGUCAUUCCAAAUGAGAUUGAGAAACAGAAUCAGUCCACUGCUCCUACCUCGUCAGCAGAGGAGAUUGCAGAUGCAGCCAAAGCGAUGAAGGAGCUUCCUGACCAGCAGCAGGAAGAUGCCAUGGACGCUUCGCUAAACAGCAUGUUUGAUACGAUUGCCAGUAGCAAGGCUCAGAUCAAGAGCCAGCAGAAGGACGAGCCUGAUCUUGUGUAUGACCAGAAGCUGGGCAUCAUCAAAGAUCUUUUCUGGUGUAAGCCAGUGGUGUUCCUGGAACGUUUUCACAAAAUCAUCAAAGAAGAGCAUCUGAUCUGUUUCAAUCAUAUGGCUGGCAACUAUGAAGUUACUUUUUACUGUAAUGAAAUUAAAAAGUCUUCCAAGAAGAAAACUGCCCGAACAAAUGUUCGCAACAAGAGGUACGCGGCCCUGCAGCAGCUGAUUAAAGAUGGGGAAUAUUUCAGCGAUGAGCAGAUGCGAACUCGAGAUCCUUUGCUCUACGAGCAGUACAUUAGACAAUACAUGACGGAGGAGGAGCUGUUAGCUGAGAACAGCAAAAACUUGAGUAGUGCCAUGUGUUUGUCUGACCUGCUGAUGAACACUUAUCAGGAAAAGAUUGUCCAGGAAAGGCUACAGUGGCAACAGGAAAGGGAGGAUGCCUGUUUGGAGGAGGAAGAGGAAGAUGAAGAGGAAGAUGAGAACUCUGAGUCUAAAGCUGCAGACUGGGUACCCAGUGACGAUGAGAGAACCAUGCUGAGGGAGGAAUUUGUGAGUCGCAUGUACCAGCGUUUCCUGGAUGGGGAAGACAGAGACUUUGAUUACAGUGCUGUCGACAACAACCCUGACUUUGACAAUCUUGACAUCGUAAGUCGUGAUGAAGAGGAGAGAUACUUUGAUGAGGAGGAGCCAGUGGAAAUUGAAGAUAUGGAGAUGGACAGAGAAUGAUGGGAUUAAACAUUCUUCAAUUUUCAAUGUAUAUGUUUUUUACAGUUUUAGAUUUAACAGCAUUUCCAAGCUCUGUCUUUGCUUUUUCUAGAGACUGUUAAUGAAGAACCGGGCAGUUUUGUGUACAUUGUAUCACCAAAACAAUUUCUUCCCCAUAUUUUUGAUAACUGUUUAAUUGACCAAGAUUGCUGUUGUGCUAGAUUAAGUUCUGUUUAGUUUGAUGUAUAAAGGAGGGUGGAAACUGCUGAUAGGCAUGAAACAGAUUCCCCUGGUGGCUCAGUGGGGAAUUGCACCACCUAGGGGGCAAUGAAGCCUUGCUUCCAGGUUUCAUUCCUGAUCCGUGAGAAGAUAGCUGGGGAAAGGAUCACACCCUGCACCUAUUUUAGGGGUUAGCGUGCUAAAAUUAACCAGCUUUUCCCAUUCCUUGUUGCUUUCCGGUUGACCUCUGUUUGUUAUAUAUGAAUGUCUGAUGAGGUUACCAGAGUUGAAUAUCCUGUCUACAUGAUGUCUGGAUUGAAAGCAUGUGUAAUCAUAAAAUUGGCUUGUUCUACACUGUGAAACAAUAUCUCCCUGACACUACUGAGCUUAGUGACUUCUCUAAGCCAGUUCCCUCAAAGAUUUGGUUUAGAAUAUAUAGGAGUAAAACAGCCUGAAAAAAGACAAAAGUAUCCACGUGCUCUUCUCCUGAAGGCACUGGCUUGUGUUGGGAUACAGUCUCAGGGGGUAUAUCCAUUCUUUCUAGUUGGUAAUGUGUCCACCGGCAGCUUGACCAUGGGUGUCCUGACCUUAAGUUUGCAGGUGUAGUUUUCAGCAGGGAUAGUGAUCAGAGUUGAAAACCCUGGCUGCAUUUUCCUUUUUCUUUUCAUAGAUGCAUCUACUGCUGACUCGGCUGAGGUCUGCUAACUUGGCUUAGUGUGAGGAUUGAACCCAGAGGCUUUUGGUCCCCAUGGCUGAGUACAAUAUUGAGUGUGUACUUAGUAUCAAGCCAUGAAAGGAGUACUGAGGGAUAGGCAGCCCCGUGAUGUGGCACAGUGAUACUGCAAUGAAGUCCGGUCAGCCCACUGCAACCUCUUUUGGGUACCAAAUUGCCAUCAGGAUGAAGUGGGAAGGAACUGAAGAGCUUCCUAUCCCCAUGAGGGAUAGUGCUGUCAACACACAACCGCUCCUCGUGAACGGUUACAAAGCAGCAUUGUCAGAGGGGGCUGGGUAGCUCACCCUCACCAUGUUGGCAGUGGGGCCCCUGGAAUAGGAGGUCUCAUCUGAAACGUUAUCUCUUUCAGAAACUCACUGACCUGGCAUUACCAGCAGGUUUGGUUUUCAUCUCUGACUUGCUGCCUUUCUUUUCGUGUUAACAAUGUACUGCACAGAAUUAGUGUGCCUAAUCACCAACUAGCUUUUUAAACAAUUGAAAGAUUCAAACAUCUUUUAGUAAAUGUUUUACAUUUCA